GGGGAAAAAAAAAAGGCAGUAAAGAAAGAAAGAGAAAGAGAAAACAAAGACAGGUUCUCGAACCUCCAUGAUUCAAAUUCUCUCAUGAAAAUAAGCCUUUGGUUUUCCCUACUACUUAACCCAUAGUUAGGAGACUUCUUUAAAGUUUCUACAGAGAGUUGUUUUUGAGCUUCCUUCAACCAAACAAUUUAGCUCAAUACAUUACAAGUUUUGUGAAAGAGAAAGGUAGCUCUGGUAAGUGAGUCAAGGGGCAAAGAAAUGAAUCGUGGAGGUUUGCAGAGCUCACCGGUGCAGCAGAUGAUGGCCGCCGGCAACCCUAACUGGUGGAACAUCAAUAGUAUGAGGCCACCCACUACUUCUCAAACCUCUCCUUUCUUGCCUCCUCCUAAUUUCUUCCCUCAAUUCCCUUCUCCUCCUCCUCCAUCUUCUUCUUCUUCUUCCUCUUCUUUUACCAUGCCUUCUUGGAAUGAUAACCAGGAGCUUGCUGACUCAUGGAGUCAAUUCCUAUCGGGUCGAUUGGUGGAUGAAGAGGAGAAGGGCCAUUCUCAUGGGAAGAAGGUGGAGAGCUGGGAGGAACAAGUGUUACAUCAUUCCUCCACUUCUGUUGUAACUGUCAAGCAAGAAAACCAUCAAAACAGCUUUAUAUAUGGACAUGCAAAUGAAGAUUUCCAGUCAGCACUACCCAAACCUACUUGGUCUCAGAUGAUGCCUGUUUCCUCCCCAAACUCAUCAUCUGUCACAAGUUUUAGCAGCAACAUGUUAGAUUUUUCCACCAUAAAAGCUGAUGGAAAACACCCACCACCGGAUCGAUCAUCUGAGUGUAAUAGCACUGCAACUGGUGGAGCGGCUAAGAAAGCCAGGUUUCAAACUACUGCAACCCAAUCAACAUUCAAGGUGAGAAAGGAGAAAUUAGGAGACCGAAUUACUGCUCUUCACCAGCUGGUUUCUCCAUUUGGAAAGACUGACACAGCCUCAGUGUUGUUAGAAGCUAUUGGGUACAUCAGAUUCCUUCAGAGUCAAAUUGAGGCUCUCAGCCUACCGUACUUGCGUAGUGCAUCUGGAAAUAUAAGGCAGCAACAGCAGCAGUCUGCUCAUAGAGAGAGGCAUUGUAUAUUUCCUGAAGACCCUGGUCAGCUGUUGAAUGAGAACUGCAUGAAGAGGAAAGGAGCUUCUGAGGAGUCACAGGAAGAAGAGAAGAAAGAUCUGAGGAGUAGAGGGCUGUGCCUGGUUCCAGUCUCGUGCACACUGCAAGUUGGGAGCGACAAUGGAGCUGAUUACUGGGCUCCGGCUCUUGGUGGAGGAUUUCGGUAAAGACUAGUAUUAUGUGUAUACAUUUUUUAAUUCACAAAUAGAUAUAUACAUAAUAUGUUAUUAUGUGAUUAGAUCUUACUUUAUUAUGAAUUUAAAAUCACUCAAUCACAUAAUAAUAUAUCACGUGUGUACUUAUUUAUGUACUAGAAAGUGUAUACACAUAAUUUUAUUAUUCGGAAAAAGGAUAAAAGGCUUCUAAUUAGUUAAUGGCAGCACACUCGACUUGGUUAAGCUUGAUGAAACGAUAUAACAUCAUGAGCAGUCACUCUGCUAAACUCUAAGGCUGAUUGCUCAUGAUGAUAUACAAUCUUUCUAGGGUUUAUAGCAGUCUGUGCUCUAGCUGAGGACUUUAGAGGUCCAUAAAACUCCCUAAUUUACAUUAAUUAUUAAGCUUUGUGGAUCUUUUACUCCUUUAGCUUGCAAUUUGGUGCAAUUAAAUUGCUUAAUUUCAUGUA